AUGGUGCUACCCGACAAACGCGUCCUCUGGCACCCUCGACACGAGAACAAGUUCGUCGUUGGCGGAAAUUCACAGAUAACACUAUACGAAUGGGCUGCAGAAUACCCAGAGAUUCGCCAUAUAACGUCCCAACACGACCUCCAUCAUCUUAGGUGCUUUGCAUGGUCACCGGAUCCUGCUUUCGACGACUUGCUAGCCGUUGGGACCAGCACAGGGCGGGUCGACUUGAUUCGUUUGGAAGCGACAAAGCAAGCCAGGCAGUCGAAUAUUUUGUCCAGCGGUCCAACGGUCUCGCUGCCGGUCCGAAUGUCAAGGAGCUGCAACGCCCUCGCGUUCUGCGCCAAAGAUCCCAAUUAUCUUGCCGUCGGCUUGGACAAGAUACGAAACGAUUCCAGCUUGAUUGUCUGGGACAUCAUUUCCAACCGAGCGAACAUAACGAUCCCUGGGCUGGACGAGCUCAACGACCAUUCGCACCGCCUUCCAUCGCGCCCUCAGCCUCAGAUUCCACGAGUAGACAACCGCGUCGAUAGUCGAAUCCUCCAACAACAUGCCCUCACGGAAGUCGUCUCUUGUGUUUCCUUCAUCCCAGACACGACCCACAUGCUUCUUGCUGGUGUAUCCCACCGCUGGUUGCGACUCUUCGACCUUCGAUCAGUCACACCGUCCGUCACCUACGUCGCAGCCAAGGUCCACGGAAUCGCCACCGACCCGUUCGACCCACACCGAAUCGCAUGCUACGGAGACAACUCGAUCACCGUUUGGGACUAUCGCAAGUUGGCACAGCCGUUGCUCAUGUUCUCGGAGAAGGAUGCGACGGCGGAUGGUGCCAGGCUUCGAGCCAAUGCAGCCUAUACACACGUCGAGUUCUCCAACGUUCGACGAGGCUGUUUGGCCACCCUGGAGAGGGAUUCGAGCUAUGUGAGGUUUUGGGAUCUUGCGGAGACGCGGAGCUGGUCAUCGGAAGGAAGUGUGUUUGGUGGUUCGUCCGAUGGGGAAGGAAAGGGCUCGAGAGACUCGUCUCUCAGAGUUUCAAGGAGGUCUUGGGCGAAUUUACCAUGGCCAACGUCGCAGGCUCAACCUCAACAGCCGGUUCCUCCAAGAAUCACGGAAACCCCUGGGACACCCGACCGGGCUUCGCAACCUGCCUAUGUGCUCGCAGAUACCCGCAAGACCAAAAACUUUACGAAGCCAUUAGCGUCUUUCACCAUCGUUCCUAGCCCGACCGACAAACACCCCCUUGCCUCCAGUGUCAUGAUCGUGAACAAAGACGGCGACUUGGAACUUUACCAGGUCCACGACACACCGAAGCAAACUAUCUGGAGCUCUCGAGGAGAACUCGCCAUUGGUGCAGGGCUUGGCCUCAAGUUUAUUGAAGGCUAUCGGGACGAAGAACUGUGGGACGAAUUCCAUUCAGACAUCCGGCAAGCAUCGUCCUCUCAUGCCCGAUACGCGAUGAGUGAACGUGACCGUGCCUCGCGAUCCCGUUCUGGAGCUGGACGGGACGAGUCCAACAUCCGCGGGCGUGCCUCCAAGUCAGGCCACCCCUCAGGGUCAGCUCUAUUUGCAAGAGACGACGACUCCUUCCCCUUGAGCGGUGUCUCCGCGCAGCUUGCCAUGAAGACUCUUGCCAGCUCUCGGACCAGCAAACGGGGCUACAGUCCAGCAUCGUUCCGGAAGUACACCUACCAAAGCGAGUCCCGCGCUCAAUCACGGCCACCUCCAACUACAGGACACGGUGCACAUUCGACGAGCAGAGAGCGACAUGUCAGUCCCGGGCCUGGGAAACGGAAACCGUCUGGAAGUCGACCUCGAGCUUUGAAAGGCGUGGUUCAUGUUAUUGAGGAGGAUAUAUCCAUGGUAAUGAGGAAGAGGGCUCUCAAGGGAUACGGCCUGAGCAAGCCAUGGGACAAUUCCAAUAUAACACAAGACGAUAUGGAUGGGGAGUCUGUCCCUCAGUGCCUGUCUGAAGUCUGGGCAUGGGUACAUCACUCGCGUGAUCUCCUCUGCAAUCCAACACCUCGUCUUCACGGAUACGAUUUCUCAUAUCAAGGUCUGCUCGGACUCUGGGAAGGAUUCCAACCAGUCGCCCCGCCCAAUGCGCAUUCUGUGGACGACACCCCGAUAGCGACCCAACGGCUGCUGGACGUCCCUGGCUCUGGACAUUCUGCGGCGGGUUUCGAGAGGCAGGCUUCCAGACGAAGUCAUUCUCCUGCAGACGAUCUUUAUGGCAACUGGAAUGCAGCAAUUUCGGCGCUGAUGGAACGGAGAGGGUCGGAACGUUCCGCCUGGAAGCCCUCCCUUCCUACCACGAAACUGCAUCAACGGCAGCUUGCACUUCAGCUGUGCGGGUGGAGUCUGCGUGACGAGGAGCUGAAGGCGGCCGUGAGGCGGUGGGAGAAGGAGGGAAAGAUCUCAAGGGCGGCUUGUUGGCUUGUCUUUACCAAGCAAUAUUCUAAGGCGAUGGAUCUGCUUAUGCGAAGUAACGAUGAGAUGCACCAGAUGAUGUCCGGCACCAUUGCAGCGUUGACACCGCACAACUCGAGCGCGUUGAAGAACCCAGACCUACGAGAACAUUACAGUCGACUUGCAGUCAAGUUGCAAGAUCCGUACUGCAGGAUGAUGGUUAUCCACAUGGGCGUCGGUGAUUGGACUGAGGUCCUGGAGGAGGACGUGAUCCCAUUCCGAGAGCGCUUGGCCAUUGCGUUCCAGUUCCUGGAUGACCGGACCCUCAGCUCCUAUCUGCAGCGCGUCACGGCUAGUGCUUGUCAAUCCGGCAACAUCGACGCGCUCAUCGUCACUGGCCUCACGAGUCGCGGACUGGACAUCCUCCAAGCCUACGUGGAUCGCACUGGUGAUGUCCAAACGGCCGCCAUCAUGGGUUCCUACGUCUGUCCCGUAAAGUUCCAAGAUAGACGCGUGGACAAGUGGCUGCAGACCUACCGCGAUCUCUUGGAUGGGUUCAGGCUUCAUCACGAACGUGUCGGGUUCGAUAUCGAGAGGGGCCAGUUGCUUCUUGAUGCUGUGCAGAAUGGGGAUAUCGUCUCCAAUGAACUUGUACCGCCUCAGAUUUUGAUUCGGUGUCAUUAUUGCAACAAGCCGGUGAAUAGUACGGAGUCGUUGGCUGCGAAGGCGCUUCAGAAGGGCAGGGUAUGGAUGAUUGCAUUAGCCCACAACGUGCCCCAAUUGCAGUCGUGCCUUGCCUAA